UCAGUGUUCAGGGAAGGCGGGCCUUUGGAAGUUCCUGAACCUGGGUGACGUCAACUUUGCUGUGUUGGAAGCAGAUACAAGAGCCGCAGCCGAGACGAGCUGUACAGGACCCGCGGUGGGUUGGUAAGCAGGGUGAGAUCCAGCAACAGUCCUGGGGCUCAGUGGUGAACAUCUCCUCCAGUUCUGGGAGCUUCUCACUGAGGGCAGAUGCUGUGGCCAGAGGAAAUGGCUGCUCUGGCGGAAGAGGACCUGCUGGACUUCCUCCUGAAGGACGAGGGGCCCACCGGAGGUCUCCUGGGGGAGGGAGACUCCGUGACAGAAGACUGGGGCCUGCCGGAGGCUGAGGUCCUGGGGGAGGAGGAGGUGGAUCACUUUCUGAGAUGCCUCCUGAGUCCCUUCGUGGGAGAGUCGAGUGGCGCACUGGAGCCCUCCCCUCCCUACAGCAGCAGCAGCAGCCUUGCCGACGAACUGCUCUUCUCCUGCAGCCCCAGCAGUUGGGAGGGGUCCAUCGCCUGCAGCCCCCCCAGCUCUGAAACCAUCCAGUCAGAUCAUAAUUAUUCCUUGCACCUGGCACUGCCGGGGCCUCCCAAAGGUGCCACACUGGAGAGUGGGGGCUUCUCGGAGAUGGGCGAGGGGGACGUUGCAAUUGACCUGGUGGCCAACCAGGUGCCCAUGGGAAGCCACAGACAGGAGCUGAGCGCAACAGCAGCGCACUCCCCACUUGCAAUUCCCAGCCACUGGUAUUCAGAGUCAUUGGAGGCAGAGCAACAGCCAUCACAGCUAGUAGAAGAGAUGUGGGGCGAUGUGGAGACCUCGGUGGGGUCUAGCUGCAACCAUCAGGAUUCCACUCUCCCUGUCGCAGUGUCCAUUGAAGAGCCAGCGGCCCCACCGGGAGGGGACCUGCAGUUUGAUUUCCCUCCAUUGCUCCUGACCGAUGAGGAGAAGAGGCUUCUGGAGAAAGAGGGGGUUUCGAUUCCCUCCAACCUGCCCCUGACCAAGGCCGAGGAGCGGGUCCUGAAGAGGAUCCGCCGGAAGAUCCGCAACAAGCAGUCUGCCCUGGACAGUCGGAGGAGGAAAAAGGUCUAUGUCGACAGCCUGGAGAGCAGGGUGGUUGUUUGCACAGCCCAGAACAACGAACUUCAGAAGAAAGUGCAGCUCUUGCAGAAACAGAACAUGUCUUUGCUUGAGCAGCUGUGGAAGCUACAAGCCUUGGUCCAGAGCUCGUCCACCAAGACCACCACAGCCAGUACCUGUGUCAUGAUCUUCCUCUUGUCCUUUUGCCUGAUCCUCUGGCCCAACUACCAUCCGUUUGGAGGCCUGGAGCAACAGCAGGAAUUGCAAGUGCUGUCCCGCAGGCUGCGUGAGUACCAGAGCAGCUCUGCCCAGGUCGUGUCCGGCGUCCCUCAGCCUACAGAAGCAACAACAAGCGUUCCUCCUGGGCCUCCACUGUCACACUCGGAGCAGACGGUGCCGAAGGGAGCGCUGGAGCCUGCAAGGAGCCACAACCGGUCCCUGGAGGGCCACAGGAGCCCCCCCGAGGCACAGCUGUCUUCUGCCACCACCAGCAGCAGCAACUCCUCUGCCGACCCCUCUUCUCCGCAGGCGGGGGGCCUUCCACUGCCAACCAAGCACCAGCCCCCAGGGAAGGAGGUGCCUCUCCCACCUGCUUCUGUCCACCAGAAGCGUGGCUGCGUGGACUGUACUACUAGCGUGGUCAUCCAGCCACGCCACUCUGAUGAGAUGUAAGGUCUUUGCCAGCAGCACAUGACAGCCUGGACAGGGUGGCACCUGCUUUCUCUGCAUUGCGAACUAGGAAGCAUCCUGCUUGCUGCAUGUCCCGGGGGGGGGGGAGAGAGAGAGAAAGGAAGCAGUCAUCCUUUAGGUGCCGAGACUAUGGUACCCUGGUGCACCAGUAGCACAGCAGUCAGAGGGUGGCUCCGGCAGAGAGCUCCACCCCUAGGUUUAGAGUUGGAUCCUGGCCAGCCCAAAAUUGAGCUGUGGAGGCAGGGCUGGUGUUGGGGCCUCCUUUGCAAGGAAGUGUUGGGGCAACAGGGACCGCUUACUCUUCUGCCUGAUUCCUGUUGUGAUGCCCCCACCCCUGGAUUAGCACUGAAAGGAUCUUGCAGCAGCAAACAAUGGGAGUGGCAUUAUUUGCAGGCAGGGAGGCAGGAUCCAAGGCAACUGCUUCCACAUCUCCCUUGAAAAGCUCUCCUGGGUGCACCUCCCCCACCUCUUUCCCCCCUCCCACCAUUUGAAGCGGCUGAGGAUGCAUGACCUUAGCACAGGCCAUCCACACACUGCAGUGCAGCCCUCAAGGAGUCUGUCUAGAUCCCUGGAGAAGCAACUGCAGCUUCUGCCCAAACAUCCCUCUCCCCCCACACGAUGCCUGUGCAUUGUUUAGACCUCCGAGAUGUUCAGAAGCAGCCCCCCUCUUAAUUCCUUAAUUUGGUCAUCGAGGCAAGGAGAUUCUUGGGUUGGCGGAGGGGGGGAGAGAGGCAUUUCCCCUCUCUGUGGAAGGCGUUGGUGCCUCUCAUCCUGCUGGCCACGACGGCACAUCUGGGCUUCUGACUGUGGCCUCCUCCCAGCCUUCUCCUGUUUUACAGCAAAGGAGGUGAGCUGAGGCCUUUGCUGCCUGGCAGAAGCUGAUCCAGGGUGAGUCGAGAUCCCCUGAGAUGGAACAGGUGCCCCAGGUGGAAGGAAGCAGCCGGCUGGCCCGUUACGACCCUCCACUCAGUUUCAACCAAAGCAAAAGAUUUGGACUGGAUCUGGCUACUGUGAAAUGUGGGGCUGAAGGCAAAGGUUCCUUGGUCUGCGAGGGGCUGCCCCUGGGGCUGGGGGUGGUCAGAAUGCUGCAACGAGGUUGCUGCUGGGCAGCACCAAAAUGAGCCACUAGGGACACCUGCUACUAGUGCAUUUCUCGGCACAGCUCUGUGUACUUGCCUUGACCUCUUGACUGCACAACGGGGUCUUGGUUCUGGGUAUCUAAAGAAGUACCUCCUCCUCCCCCUCCCAUCUGCUGAGAUCCGCUGGAGAAGCCCACACAGACAGGUUCAGCAGAGGCUCCUGGCCAAGGGCCUCUUCUGUGGGGGCCCCUGCCUGAAGGCACAUCUGUUGCCUGAGGAGUGUUAAGGCAGCCUUUUCCCCCUUGGCUCGAGGCCAAGAAACACCAGUGGUCUUCCAGAGGCUGUUGGGCCCCCAGCAGCCAACAGGGCCAGUGAUCAGGCGGUGGUGGCAGUGAUGGGAGGUGCAGUCCAGCAACAUCUGGAGGGACAGGGGUCCUGUAGCCCAGCCUCAGCCUGAUGUGUGCUCAAAAGGGCUGUGUCUGUAGCCACUGGCUGGAGUUCAUUUUGUUCUGUCUCACGGUUUAAAUUGACUUUGUCCCCUAA